AUGUUAGGGGGCGAAGUAACAGCUACACGUCAGUUCGUAGAUUCCAAAAGUGACAAUGAUGGAGCAGUAGUAUCACGGGGAAGCCGAUGGGAGGAAAAUCUGAAGAAGAAUGACCCGGGUCGUGCGGGGGGAAUAUUUCAGCCCUUGUACUCGUUGUCUCUGGCCCUCGGGCCGCGGAAGAAGCGCGAUGGCGAGCGCGACGCCAUAUCGUCGCCCGCUCCGUCUGUCGAGAGCAGGAUGACCGACGGCCGCCUGACAGCCUUUUCUCGGGGCGUUUCGCCGUCCAGAUCGCGUGGUUCCCUCGGGCACCGCGGGGGCAGCCAUUUGCUUGCGUUCCCGACGCCGUUGCCAUCGAUGGAAGAGGUCGACGUCUAUCCGUCGUAUCUUGAAAUGCCGUCGCUGAUGUCGUGUGACUCGUACGAGGACUCACGUUCCCAGGGAACCGGGAAGAAAGGCGGACACAGGAAUAGGUCCCAUAGUGCGUCUUCCACGGACAGCUACUCAUCAGGUUAG